GCGAAUUCAGUUCAAUUUUAGCAAGCGAAGAGAAUAGAAUAAGGAAAGUCACAAGGAGGAAAUAAAUUAAACGCCAAGCGUAUAUACGGUUAAAAUAAGAAAGUUCGGUGUGUGGAAGUGAGCACUAUUAUAUUUAAUUUAUUUGGAGAUCUAUCAAAGCGAUUAGAAUAGUUGCAUAAAGUAAAAAAGACAAAAUGAGGUUACACAUAUUACUGGCCAUAGUGGCCUUCGUAGGCCUCGCCAUUGGUGAGGAAAAGAAGGAGAAGGAGAAAGACAAGGAUAUUGGAACAGUCAUCGGUAUCGAUUUGGGAACAACAUAUUCAUGUGUUGGUGUCUACAAGAAUGGCCGAGUGGAAAUCAUCGCCAACGACCAGGGUAACCGAAUCACUCCAUCAUAUGUCGCAUUCACUGCUGACGGCGAACGGUUGAUCGGUGAUGCCGCGAAGAAUCAGCUCACUACCAACCCCGAGAACACUGUUUUCGACGCGAAACGUCUCAUUGGCCGUGAAUGGACUGACACCAACGUCCAACAUGACAUCAAGUUCUUCCCAUUCAAGGUGAUCGAAAAGAACUCGAAGCCGCACAUUAGCGUUUCAACUUCUCAAGGAAACAAAGUAUUCGCCCCCGAAGAAAUCUCUGCUAUGGUGCUGGGCAAGAUGAAGGAAACAGCUGAGGCGUAUUUGGGCAAAAAGGUAACACAUGCCGUCGUGACGGUACCUGCCUAUUUCAAUGAUGCUCAACGUCAAGCCACCAAAGAUGCUGGAGUCAUUGCUGGAUUGAAUGUGAUGCGUAUCAUCAACGAACCAACUGCUGCCGCUAUCGCUUACGGUCUUGACAAGAAGGACGGUGAAAAGAACGUUUUGGUGUUCGAUUUGGGAGGUGGUACCUUCGAUGUUUCAUUGCUUACAAUUGACAAUGGCGUGUUUGAAGUCGUUUCGACCAACGGCGAUACCCACUUGGGAGGUGAAGAUUUCGAUCAACGUGUCAUGGAUCACUUCAUCAAACUGUACAAGAAGAAGAAGGGCAAAGACAUUCGCAAGGACAACCGUGCUGUACAGAAGUUGCGUCGUGAAGUAGAGAAAGCCAAACGUGCCCUGUCUUCCAGUCACCAAGUGAGGAUUGAAAUCGAAUCGUUCUUCGAAGGUGAAGAUUUCUCCGAGACCUUGACCCGUGCCAAAUUCGAAGAAUUGAACAUGGAUUUGUUCCGUUCAACUCUCAAACCAGUACAAAAGGUAUUAGAAGACGCCGACAUGAACAAGAAGGACGUGCAUGAAAUCGUAUUAGUCGGAGGUUCAACUCGUAUCCCGAAAGUACAACAAUUGGUCAAAGACUUCUUUGGUGGAAAGGAACCAUCUCGAGGUAUUAACCCCGACGAAGCUGUUGCCUAUGGUGCUGCCGUACAGGCUGGUGUUCUCUCUGGUGAACAAGACACUGAUGCCAUUGUUCUCUUGGACGUUAACCCACUGACCUUGGGUAUCGAAACCGUUGGCGGAGUCAUGACCAAAUUGAUCCCCCGAAACACAGUCAUCCCAACCAAGAAAUCGCAAAUCUUUUCAACUGCCUCUGACAACCAACACACCGUAACCAUCCAAGUAUACGAAGGUGAACGUCCAAUGACCAAGGACAACCACUUGCUCGGUAAAUUCGACUUGACUGGAAUCCCACCAGCACCACGAGGCAUCCCACAAAUCGAAGUCUCCUUCGAAAUCGACGCCAACGGUAUCUUGCAAGUAUCGGCUGAGGACAAGGGCACCGGCAACAAGGAAAAGAUUGUUAUCACCAACGACCAAAACCGAUUGACCCCAGAAGAUAUUGAAAGGAUGAUCAAGGACGCUGAGAAGUUCGCCGAUGAAGAUAAGAAACUGAAAGAGCGUGUCGAAUCACGAAACGAACUUGAAAGCUACGCGUACAGCUUGAAAAAUCAACUGCAAGAUAAGGACAAACUGGGCGCCAAGGUUUCAAGCGAUGAGAAAUCUAAGAUGGAGGAAGCUAUCGACGAAAAGAUCAAAUGGUUGGAAGAAAAUCAAGAUGCCGACCCGGAAGAGUACAAGAAACAGAAGAAGGAGCUUGAGGAUGUUGUGCAGCCAAUCAUUGCAAAACUAUAUCAAGGCCAAGGCGGCGGAGCCCCCCCGACCGGCGACGAUGAAGACUUGAAGGAUGAGCUCUAAGCGAGACAAGAACUGUUAGAAUAACUUUCAAGUAGUAGAUUAAUUAAUUCAUUUAAUUUUUAUAUUAUCUAGAGGAAGCUAUUUCUUUAAUUUAUUUGUUAACUUGUAUUGCAUUUCCUUACAUUCUUCCUUCGGUUUUUUGAGAGAAAAGAUACUUUACAAAUAAUUCUUGUUGAGCAAGACAUUUCCAGUUACAGGCAAACUUAAUUAGAAAAAUUUCAAGCCAAAAUUGUCGAAUGUAAAGAGGAGAAACGAAUAGCAAAUUUGACCUAAGGCGAGAGUUCUCUUGGUUCGUUCAAGGGGCUCAGUAAAUUCAAAGAAUUAUGUUAGUACAACUGCACAUGUUUCUGUUCCUUGAUCAUCAACGCUUAGGUUUCUUUCGAUAUCAUGAGAUAUAAUGUAAAAUAGUCUUAAAAAAACUAUAAUUAUAGUGAAUUUUAGGACAUACUUUUCGAUACAUAAAUAUUGUAAUAAUUGUUUCGACUGAUGAUUGUGUGUAUGCGAUAAAUAUAGGCUGUAUGAUGUGUUUUAUAAAAAAAUAAAAUAUGGAGAUGAAUCGA